UAAGUGUAAACAGACUAUAAUUCAUUCCGAAAUUAUUACGAUAUACACACAUAUGCAUGGCAGCUGCAGUUUAGUCCGAAACAAUAGUGAAACAGCUGUUUACCACAUUAUUUCCUCGUGAAGUUAGACGUAUUUUUUAAUGUUUAUGAAGAAAUUUGAAAGAUUUCCUAUUUAUUUUGAAUUUUCGUGGCGGCAGUAAUAAUAAACAAAUACAGAAAGUGUUGUAAAACAUAAAGUCUAAUUAAAAAGCAACGUGUGAAAAUGGCAGCUUAUAAUAACAUUAAAAUGGAAAAUGGUAUACAAGACGAUGAAUAUACUGGUGACAUAUCGGUGGACAACUUGGCAGGAACUGUUGAAUACUUUGAAUAUGAAGAUAAUAUUGGUACCAAUUAUGAGAACGAAUCAUUGAUUGAAUAUGUUGAAGAAGAUGAUGACCAAAAUAGUGAUUAUGUUGAAAAAGAAACCCUGGAGGAUCAGUUGAAAACACAUACUUUAUCAAUAAAGCACAUGCAGAUCGAUGGUCAACCUCAAGAAAUAUAUCGUUGUUUGGAAUGUGCUACAGAUUUUGUAACACUCGAGGACUUUACUAAAGUGCAUAAAGAAAUGCAGAAGAAACUAACUAAUAAAGCUUUGACUAAUGUUAGUAUUAAUGUUCAACAACAAAAUGAGCAAAUAAACGACGAGCAAACCAUACAAAAUUCGGGCGAUAGUUGGAUGAUUAUAAAAGAAGAGCAGAUUAUUGCAGAUGAAAACGAAGCGGAAGCUUUUGAAGAUUUCAUAGAAACCAGUGAGAAUCUAAUUGAUGAUACGAAUUUUGACAAGGAAAAUGAAGAUGCCGAUACUGAUAUGCUUUUACAAGUUAAAGAGGAAAAGCAAUCUAUCACCGAUGAAGAAGAUGAUGGAGAAAAAUAUUUUUGCUGUGAUUGCCAAUUGGUAUUUAGUGAUAUAGAGAGUGCGGAGCAACAUGUUUGUAGCGCCAUAAAUACUAGUACUGCCACACCAGAAGAUUCAGAUAAAGGUGCAGAUCAUGAAGAAUAUGAAAACAACUUGCAAUUAUAUCUUGAAGAACAGCAGAAAUCCUUACAUACUACAAAGAAAAAUGAAAGCACGGAAGUGCAAUAUCAUUGUGCCGAAUGUGAUAAGAGAUUUAAUUCUCUACAAGGCUUACAAAUACAUAACCGCAUUCACAAAACAAAGGAGAUUAAGACACCAGAUGACCCACUCGAUGUGAUAGAAUUGAAAAAACCAACAUGUCCCAUUUGUAAUACUAUUUUCAGUUCGUAUAAAAAUCUGAAGUUACACAUGAAAAUCCAUGAUGCACAACAGUUGCGUACAAUUGAGCAAGCAUUACCGGCUGGUGCCAAAACACAAUAUAAGGAUAUGAAUAAAUUCUUCUGUGAAAUAUGUAAUAAGAGUUUUGAACAAAAUCUACUUGGUAUACACAAGAACAUGCACCAACAGUCGGCGGAGUAUAAUUGUGGCAUUUGCAAUCGGCACUUUGAAAAUAAAACAAGCUAUGACAUGCAUAUGCAAAUGCAUGCUGACAAGCCAGUGAAACCGCGUAAACAACAAAUCAAACAAUCGGUUGUUAAUGGCGUUGAUAAGCCCGGUGGACGGUUUGCCUGUCAAUAUUGUGGUCGCACGUUCCAGCGUCCGUUUGAAAAAGUGCGCCAUGAACGUGUGCAUACCGGCGAGAAACCACACGCUUGCGAAGUGUGUGGCAAAACGUUUCGUGUUUCUUAUUCGCUGACACUACACCUGCGCACGCACACUGAUAUACGCCCAUAUGUAUGUGCCACUUGCAAUAAACGUUUCAAAUCGCAGCCUGUUUAUGCUCAUCAUCUACGUACACAUGAAGCGGAACGUGCAUACAAAUGCGAAACUUGUUCAAAAUCAUUUCGCACUUCCGUACAACUUUCGGCGCAUAGGAAUAUACAUUCUAAACCGUAUAAUUGUCCAGUGUGUAAUCGUCCGUUUGCCUCAUUGUAUUCUGUGAAAAUACACAUGAAAACGCACAAUAAGCUGAAUCGUGCCGGUGACACGACUAAAUACUGUUGCUAUGUGUGUGGCGCGGAAUAUGCGCGAGUUUCUGCGUUACGUAUUCAUAUGAAGGAUUUACAUCUGAUCGAUUUCGAUACGAACCAAUCGCUGGAAUUAGAUGAUAUGAUAUCGGCAGAGGAUCAAACCUCGCAAUCUCAACACGACACAGAUGGCAAUGAAGAUGAACAAGAAGUGGACCAUGAGGCGGCCGUAUUGAUAGCAGCUGCUGCGGAAGCCGAUUGUGCCGCUUAUAUAGAAGCCGCGACAGCUGAUCCUACAACCGCCGAAACAGAAGGCUUGACACUUCACUCACCGAUUAAUCCAACGUACGAGGUGACGCUGCAAAAUGAAGAGUUGAUUGUAGACAAUUACCAGACUGAAGAGAUUGUAACCGAUUGGUUAUCUAAGUAAUAUUUGUGAAGCACCACAGUAUACAUUAAUUAUGGAAGCUUUUUAAAUAAAUUAGUAUAAUUAAAAACAAUAA